CGGCAUGCAGGCUCAACAAGAUAUCAUGUGGCCUGGUAAACCCCUCAGUAGGAAUCGUGGGAUCAACUCACCUCGGAAGGGUUUCACAGAGAGGUCAGAAUCUCCGACGUUACCCCCCCCUCCCAAACCAUGCUGGACCCAGUUUUCCAAGGGAAGAGCUUCGCCGCUCAGUAUACGUCCGGUGCGAAAAUCAGUGAACUGUAUGCCCAGACACUGAUCGACGAGUCCGGCAUUGCCGAAUUCCACCAUAGGCCACUAUUCGUGCUGGACCAUGCGUGUGGGACCGGAUCCGUCGCCAGCGUCCUCUCUCGGACGCUGAAUGAGCAGAAUCGCACGAGCUGGCAGUUGACCUGUGGUGAUCUGGCCGAGGGGAUGGUCGAAUACACCCAGCACCGCAUGAAGACCGAGGGAUGGCACAAUGCGGAGGCCAAGAUUCUGAACGCCCAGGAGACGGGCCUUCCGAGUGCUCACUACACUCACGUCUUCACAGCAUUCGCGUUCAACAUGUUCCCGGACCCCGAGGGCGCCCUGAAGGAAUGCUACCGAGUCCUGCAACCAGGCGGAACGCUGGCUACCUCAACGUGGAAGCAUGCCAACUGGUGCACAAUCGUGACGCCGGUGGUCAAAAAAUUGCAGGCCGAUCUUCCCUAUCCCACCAUGAAUGAGAUCAACGCGAUGCUGAAUCAGGGGUGGGACUCCGAGUCCCGUGUCCGGGCGUAUUUUAAACAGGCCGGGUUCAAAGAUGUCGACAUUUCGACUGUGGCGAAGAAAUGUACUCUACCGGUACAAGAGUUCAGCGAGGCUUGCAAGAUUCUGUUGCCCUACAUCCUCAGCAGGUUCUGGACGCAGUGGCAGCGCGACCACUAUGCGGCGCAAGUGCCCGAGACACUGCUACAAUAUCUGACAGAGGAGUAUGGCAAGGAUGGGCUUGUGCCGAUGAAGGGUGUCGCCAUCGUCGCCGUGGGCCGCAAAGCUUGAGUGUAAUUCCACAUGAUUAGUUAGGGUUGGGUGAUCUUCAUCCGUAAUUCUACGUAACUCGACAACGAUCGACUACUUUUCAGUUUCGGGAUGAGAAGACAACGAGUCUGAAUCAAUUGAUGCGAUUUGUGCCAA